AUGUCUGACCAAGGAAGAAAAGAUUUUACCGACAAAGUUUCUGAAGGACUUAAACCAGAUUCUCAGAAGACUUACUUGGAGCAAACCAAGGAGACCCUCACCGAUGCUGGUGACAAGGCUGCCAACAAAUUGACCCCAGAAGAGCAGAAGGGAUUCGGCCAAAGAGUCGGUGACGCUGUCAAGAACGGUAAGGACGAGGCCGACAAGGAGACCCAACCUACCUUAGUUGAGCAAGUUCAAAACACCGCUGGUGAUGCAUUGGAAGCUGGUAAGGAGGCAUUGGCCAACACCAGUGAGUACAUCUCUGGAGCCUUCUCUGGAGCCAAGAAUGGUGCCGACUCCACCAAGAAAUAA